AAGAAUUUUUAAUUGUAUUGCAGUAGUGAUAUAUGAUCAGGUAAUAUGUUUUUUAGAAACACGGAACAAACGCAGACGCUCACAUACACGCGCAUACACUCAUCCCUAUGAACGCACACACGCACACCCACCCCUAUGAGCACCUUCGGAAGACUGAGCAGGUAGACCGGAUCUUGAAAUUGAUAAAAUCACUAUAUGCACCUCGCUGGUGACGGGAAUGUCGUCUCACACUGAAAAAAUAUUCCGCCUUUAUGAGACACACAUAUAUUAAACCUAAGGUUUGAAUCUCUGCUGGGCUGGGGGUACAACCACCGUCCUAACCAUCCAACCACAAAUUGGUUCUCAAUCAGGUAAUAUCUAAACCACUCUGAUUAAGCCGGUUAAUUGGUAUGUACAAAAGAAUGCUACCAAUUAUUUGAAAAUUGUGAUACAGUGCAGGAUUGUACGCAUAGGUGACCAUUUGUUUAUGUGUUCUCAUAUAUAUGCUAGUCCCCCUAGGGAUGUGGGUGUAGCUUUCUUUGAUGUCGUAGUUAUUUAUUUCUUUUAAGGUAGGACACAUCAACCAUGAUAGAAAAAUACAAUAUAACUAUUUAUAUAAUUUUGACAGCAAAAAUUAUGUUUCCGAGUUAACUUCCUUACACUGAAGCACAGUUUUCUUUUAUUGUUGAGAAACACGUCCAUUCCUACUUGUGAAUAUUCAUUUUUGAAGAAGAUUAUUCAUUGGUGGUAAAAUGGAUCAAAUUUAGUUCAGGAAUUACAUCAGAUAAAAAAAUGUUAUACUCUAUUUAAUGCAAGGAUAAAUCAUUUUUAUUUAGAAAAUCGUACAUAGCUACUAUUAAAUGUUCGGUAGCCUUUUAUAAAACAGACUUGUAUUUGUUAAAAUAAUUCAGAAAUUAAUGAGAAUAAGUCUAUCAGUAGUCUAUAUUGUAUACUUCUUUUAUUAUUAUAAUUUCAACUUUUAGUAUUCGAUUGAUUAAAGAAACAGUUAGCACAUACAGUGUACAUACGCACGGACAGUCCUAAUCUGUCAGAAAGCACUAUCCUAGUCUCCCAUUUCUGAUUUUUUUUGUCACCCAAGUAUGGACGGCAAGAAUGACACAUUGACACGGGUGCAUCCUGAGUCAGGCCUCAGCGUUCUUGGCACCAACAUCCCUCCACUCCUAUCCCCUUUUGCUAUCUCUGCCGUGAAGCCGCAACUAUGCCUGUGCUUCCAAUUCAGGCUGGCGGAACCAUCAAUCUACACGGGCAAGCAGACUGCAUCGCCGCUUUGUCACCGCCGCCAUGCUCUUCUUCACUUGGUCGCACUCGUGCUGUAUGCGCACAGCUUAGACUGUGCGCCAUUGUCUGCCUUGCAGGUCCUUGCUCGGUUGAAUUGUGGUCACGCAUCGGCGAGCCACAAAGCACCAGAAGCUGAGGGUAAGCCCCACCACUGCUGCAGCGAAGGAACCCGUCGGUGGAAGCGAAGCGGUAGAACCGGAGCUGGAUGCGCCACCGCGGCAUCCUUGGAGAGUUGGAGACGCUUCUCCAGGUGCCAUGGUCACAGGCGGCAGGUCCACUCAUUUUGUGGAGCGAGGAACAGAACACAGAACCACGUGGUGCUGCCAUUGUUUUUAUUGAUGUGUUGCUUCUCCUUUUUUGACAGAUCCCAAAGAGAUUAUUGAGGCACCAAGAGAUGAGGAAAAUCACUGACAUGAGCAAGCAACCGACAUCAGAAAGGAAUCAGUUGGAAGAAUCAGAUGUACAUGCGCCAACUCUUGUUUUAUUCUUCAUAAUUAUCUUCCAAGAUGGUUAAACAUGACAUAGCAUU